AAUUAUUUUAUUCCCACCUCUUUUUUGAAUCUACUUAAAACCAAAUCCCAUCUCUCCAUUUCAAAAUUUCCUCAAUCAAAAAGAGACAUGUUUUUUCCUAGAGCCUUUUUGCUUCUCAUCGCCAUUGCAUCCCUUCAAUGGCCACAAAUCGAAGCAACUAAGCAAAUAGAAGCUCUCUCACGAAUUUACAAAGAAAAGUUGCAUAGAAACAGCAUUGAUAGAAGGCAUUUCGAUGCAAGCCAUCACUCACACAACGUGAGAAUUCUGUCUCAGAAAGGGAUGAAAGAGAGUGACCGGAUAGAGAAGCUGCCCGGCCAGCCGCCGGUCCGGUUCAAGCAGUACGGUGGCUAUGUGACCGUGAACCAGACCGCUGGUCGAGCAUUCUACUACUAUUUUGCUGAGGCUCAACGAGCUCAUCACAAGAAAAUGCCUCUUCUUCUAUGGCUCAAUGGAGGUCCUGGCUGCUCAUCUCUUGCCUAUGGAGCAAUGCAAGAACUUGGGCCAUUCCGUGUCCACAGCGAUGGCAAAACUCUCUACAAAAAUCCAUUCUCAUGGAAUCAUGCUGCAAACUUGUUGUUUCUGGAGUCCCCGGCCGGCGUCGGAUUCUCGUACUCGAACACGACCGCAGAUUUUAGGAGUGGCGGCGACGCUAAGACGGCCAUCGACAACUGCUUUUUGGUGAACUGGUUGGAGAGAUUUCCAGAGUACAAAGACAGAGAUUUUUACAUUUCUGGAGAGAGUUAUGCAGGCCAUUAUGUGCCUCAAUUGGCACACACAAUUCUCUAUCACAACAAGAAAGCUGGCAAGACCAUUAUCAAUCUCAGAGGAAUUAUUAUUGGAAAUGCGGUGAUAAACGACGAGACAGACACGAUAGGAAUGUACGAGUAUUUCGGAAGCCAUGCUCUAGUAUCAGAUGAAACCACCAAACAGAUAAUGACAUACUGCGAUUUCUCCCCUAACGCGACGACUCAACCGGACAAAUGCAACGAAGCUGCGGAAGAAGCUGAUAAAAACGUUAAUGUUAUUGAUAUCUAUAACAUUUAUGCUCCCCUCUGUUGGAACCCUAACCUCACACAAACACCCAGGACUGCAUCGGUGUCACAUAUGGAUCCUUGCAGUGAUUAUUAUGUGUAUGCAUAUUUGAAUAGGCCUGAUGUUCAGAAGGCACUACAUGCUAAUGUUACCAAAAUGUCCUACGAUUGGGAACCAUGCAGCGAUGUUAUCAAAAAAUGGACCGAUAGCGCUUCGACCGUUCUCCCACUGCAAGAGUUCAUGGCUAACGGACUUCGAGUUUGGGUAUUUAGUGGAGAUACGGAUGCAAGGGUACCAGUUACUUCAACAAAGAAUUCCAUCAACAAAUUGAAACUUCCCAUUAAAACUCUAUGGCACCCUUGGUUCCUUGGUGGAGAGGUUGGUGGGUAUACACAAGUGUAUAAAGGUAAUCUAACAUUUGCUACAGUUAGAGCAGGACAUCAAGUGCCUAGUUUCCAACCGGCUCGAGCGCUUUCUCUAAUUAUGCAUUUUAUUGAUGGGACAGAUCUCCCUAAUUCUUCAAGAAUAUAACUCUUUAUCAUUUUUCAACUCAUUAUUAUUAAUAAAAUGUCCUUCCACA